UGAGAACUGCUGGUCUAGGGGCAUAAGAACACAAUGAAAAGAAACAGGCAAGGAAUGAAGCUGCUGGAGGUGGUGGGCAUCUCUGUUGGAGGCUGAGUGGGUGCCCCUUCCUGACCAGGCACACUGCAGGGAGGGCUUCUCCCUACAGGGGUCUCGCCCCAGUUAUGCACAGACUGGGCACUGUGAUGAUUCCCUUCCAAGUGAAAUCAGAAGGGCAGUGAUAACCCUUCCAGAGUCCCAGCUCAGAAGAACCUCCUCAAGUACAAUCAGCAGGGUAGUUCGCUCAACUCUGUGUGGUCACACUGCCCUGUACAGCCAGACAUGGAAAGGCCUUAGGCCCCAACAUGGCCCGUCGCUCCCAGAGCUCUUCUCAGGGGGACAACCCACUGGCACCUGGGUACCUGCCACCUCACUACAAAGAAUAUUAUCGCCUAGCAGUGGACGCACUGGCUGAGGGUGGGUCAGAGGCCUACAGCCGCUUCCUGGCAUCUGAGGGGGCACCUGACUUCCUGUGCCCUGAGGAGCUAGAACAUGUGAGCCGACACCUGCGGCCCCCACAGUAUGUUGCCCGAGAGCCCCCUGAAGGCAGCCCUCCUGAUGUGGACAUGGAUGGCUCUUCAGGCACCUAUUGGCCAGUGAACUCAGAUCAGGCUGUACCUGAACUUGACCUGGGCUGGCCCUUGACCUUCGGCUUCCAGGGCACGGAGGUAACAACACUGGUGCAGCCACCACCACCUGACAGCCCCAGCAUCAAGGAGGAAGCUCGAAGGAUGAUCCGUUCUGCCCAGCAGGUGGUGGCUGUGGUGAUGGACAUGUUCACCGAUGUGGACCUGCUCAGCGAAGUGCUGGAGGCUGCUGCCCGCCGGGUCCCAGUCUACAUCCUACUGGAUGAGAUGAACGCACAGCACUUCCUGGACAUGGCGGACAAGUGCCGUGUCAACCUGCACCACGUGGAUUUCCUGCGCGUGCGCACAGUGGCGGGCCCCACCUACUACUGCCGCACCGGGAAGUCUUUCAAGGGCCACGUAAAAGAGAAGUUCUUGCUGGUGGACUGUGCAGUGGUGAUGAGCGGGAGCUACAGCUUCAUGUGGUCCUUCGAGAAGAUCCAUCGCAGCCUGGCGCACGUGUUCCAGGGUGAACUGGUCUCCAGCUUCGAUGAGGAGUUCCGCAUCCUCUUCGCGCAGUCCGAGCCGCUGGUGCCCUCCGCCGGGACCCUGGCCCGCAUGGACGCCUACGCCCUGGCUCCCUACACGGGGGCCGGGCCCCUCGUGGGCGUCCCUGGGGCUGGGGCGCAAACCCCUUUCUCCUUCCCGAAACGAGCACAUCUCAUGUUCCCGCCACCCCGGGAAGAAGGCCUGGGCUUCCCCACCUUCCUCGACCCCGACCGCCACUUCCUGUCGGGGUUCCGCAGGGAGGAGCCGCGGAUGCCCGGGGGUGCCCUGGAACCGCAUUCGGGGCUGCGGCCACUGUCGCGGCGGCUGGACGCCGAGGCUGGGCCGGCCGGGGAGUUUGCGGGCCCGCGAGGCUUCUUCCAGGCGCGGCAUCUGGAGAUGGACGCUUUCAAGCGGCACAGCUAUGCGGCAGCCGACGGCGCGGGCGCGAUGGAGAACUUUACAGCAGCGCGGCAGGUGUCAAGGCAGACGUUCCUCAGCCAUGGCGACGACUUCCGCUUCCAGACCAGCCACUUCCACCGUGACCAGCUCUACCAGCAGCAUUACCAGUGGGAUCCUCAGGUGGCGCCUGCGCGCCCGCAGGGUCUGUUCGAGAAGCUUCGCGCCGGCCGUCCAGGUUUUGCUGACCAGGAUGAUUUCGCGUUGGGCGCCGGGCCGCGCUUCCCGGAGCUUGGCCUCGACGGGCACCAGCGGCUGGACUACGUGCCGUCCAGCGCAUCGCGGGAGGUGCGACACGGCUCGGACCCCGCCUUCGGGCCUGCCCCUCGCGGUCUUGAACCUGGUGGGGCCCUGCGCCCCAACUUGGGUCAGCGCUUCCCUUGCCAGGCAGUGGCGAGGUCAGGCCCAGACAACACUGCAGAGGCUGAGCCGGAGCGCAGGGGAGGGCCCGAGGGGCGAGCGGGGCUGCGGCACUGGCGCCUGGCCUCCUAUCUGAGCGGCUGUCACGGGGAAGAUGCAGGAGACGAGGGCCUGCCAGUGCCGGUGCCCAUGGAAGCCGAGGCCUAUGAAGACGACGUGCUGGUUUCUGGGGGCAGGGCAGCCGCCGGGGACCUGCUCCCUUCGACCUUCCGUGUCCCUGCAGCCUUUCCUACCAAGGGCCCGGUUCUGGGCUCAGGCAGCGGUGGCGGUGAGGUCCCGGAGGAGGCAGCCCUGGCCAAGCAGGACUCCUUCCGCUCGCGCCUGAACCCAUUCAUCCAGCGCAGCUCGAGGCUGCGCUCCUCUCUCAUCUUCAGUGCCUCACAGGCUGAGGGCGCGGGCGUGGCCGCAGGAUCCACCACUGAAAAAGUGCAGCUGCUGCACAAGGAGCAGACGGUCAGCGAGACGCUUGGUCCCGGCGGAGAGGCUGUGCGCUCCUCGGCCUCCGCCAAAGUGGCCGAGCUACUAGAGAAGUACAAGGGCCCGGCGCGUGACUCCGGCGGCGAAGGGGGCGCUGUUGCUGUUGCCAGUCACAGCAAGGCUGUGGUGUCUCAGACUUGGCGGGAAGAAGUGGCGGCACCCGGCGGUGCAGGGAGUGAGCGCCGCAGCCUAGAGAGCUGCUUGCUGGACCUGCGCGACUCCUUUACCCAGCGGCUGCACCAGGAGGCUGAAAGACAGCCAGGAGUCGCUUCGUUCACUGCGGCCCAGCUGCUAGAUACACUGGGCCGGGGCGGCACCGACCGCCUGCCCUCUCGCCUUCUCUCUGCCCAGAGUGCCUCAACCUCUGUGCAGGGGCCAGACAAACUCCUAACACUGGAAGGGUCCAGGGCACAACAGGUGCCCCAUUCUGAGCCAAAAGAGAGCCCCACUGUGGCCUACCCUGAGCGGAAAGGGAGUCCCACACCUGGGUUUUCCAUCCGGAGAAGCAGCCCAACUACCGGAUUUAUUGAGCAGAAAGGGAGCCCUACCUCCCCUUACCCAGAGCACAGGGGCAGCCCUGUGUCCCCCGUGGCUGAGCUCAGGGGCAGCCCUGUGUCCCCUGUGGCUGAGCGCAGGGGCAGCCCUGUGCCUCCAGUGCCAGAGCGCAGGGGCAGCCCUGUGCCUCCGGUGCCCGAGCGCAGGGGCAGCCUCACCCUCACCUCUGGGGAGACUGCAAAGACAGGGCCUGGGGAGGAGGCAGCAGGCGGCCCCAUGGACGUCCUCCGCAAGGGCUCCCUGCGCCUCAGGCAGCUGCUGAGCCCCAAGAGCGAACGGCGCCCAGAGGAAGAGGGUGGUUUCUCAGUGCCUCAGGAGAACGGGCAGCCGGAGAGUCCCAGGCAGCAAUCCUUAAGCCGAGGUGACAGCAUGGAGGCUACCACAGGAGACGAGCGUGGCCCGCGGUCGCGCCUGGCUUCAGCCACAGCCAAUGCCCUGUACAGCAGCAACCUGCGGGAUGACACAAAGGCCAUUCUGGAGCAGAUCAGUGCCCACGGCCAAAAGCACCGUGGUGUCCCUGCCCCAGGCCCUAGCCCAGCCCAUAGCAGCCCUGAACUAGGCCACCCACUGGCUGCUGGCGGCCUGGCCCCAGACAUGUCCGACAAGGACAAGUGUUCAGCUAUAUUUCGCUCGGACAGCCUGGGGACCCAAGGCCGGCUGAGCCGCACGCUGCCAGCCAGUGCGGAGGAACGCGACCGACUGCUGCGGCGCAUGGAGAGCAUGCGGAAGGAGAAGCGUGUGUACAGCCGCUUCGAGGUCUUCUGCAAAAAGGAGGAGGCUGGCGGCCUGGGGGAGGGCCCCGCAGAGGAGGGCACCAGAGACAGCAAGGCGGGCAAGUUUGUGCCUAAGAUCCUGGGCACGUUCAAAGGCAAGAAGUGAGUCUCCUCCUCCACCAGCCCAGGCCAGGUGCCUGAACCACUGCCAUCAUUGUCCAGAGCAUGGCCAUGCUUUUGUGUCUGAGUGGUGGCUGCUAGGCCCCAUGCCAGGGCAAUCUGGAGUGUGUGCUGCUUGCCCAGAAGCUGCCCUGCCUCUGUCCCUGGCUUCCCCAGCCUUGGAGCUCCAGCCCUUCCCUGUGGUGCUUCUCCCCAGCUCCCUUUUCUGAGAACCCUCAAGCCUCCCCUGCUCACACAUCUGCCCUGACCGUCUCUUUGGUUUCUUGUCCCCUUUGGGGCUUCAUUCCUCAGGAACUUCUUAAGUGCCUCAAUGCCCGUUCUCUCUGGGGCUUCUUGUCUCCUCAGGGCUUCUAUUCUCAGGGUUCCCCUCCUCAGACAUGGCAUCAUGGUCUCAGGGCCUCUCUGCUUCUCAGGGGUCACUGCUUUUGCCUCCACCUUGAGCACUGUGGGAUCACUUUCUUCCCUGCUCGGAUUCCCCUGGGGUCUUCCUAGGUGGCCAGUGCUCUUGCUUUAGGGAAGACUGGGCUGGCUGCAGGCAGUCUGGGAGGGGUGGAGCUGGGCCCAAAGGAAACUUUCUCAGAGUGACAGGGAAUGCUGCUUGCUGGGAAAGGGGCCCGAGUAGUGCUCCAGGAGGGCCCCAUCAGCACUGGGCUUUGCAGCACAAUAAAAUAUAGUAUGGACAGAU